AUGGCUACUCCACCUCCAUCAAUUGCGGUGCAGGGUCUCUCCUACAAAUUCCAAGAUGGCUCGGCGGGGCUGGAAAAUGUGCAGCUGGACCUCCCACCCGGAAGUCGGACUCUUCUGAUCGGCGCGAACGGCGCCGGGAAGACCACGCUACUCCGCCUGGUCUCCGGAAAGCGCCUGGCUCCUACAGACACCGUUACCGUAGGUGGAAAAGACCCUUUCAAGGACAGCUUGGAAGGCGUCACCUACUUGGGUGUGGAGUGGGUACUGAACAGCAUUGUACGUACUGACAUCGAUGUGCCCACGCUAUUGGCUUCGGUGGGCGGGAAUGCCUAUCCGGAGAGGCGUGAUGAGCUUGUCGAUAUCCUCGACAUUGAUCUACGCUGGCGCAUGCAUGCCGUCUCGGAUGGUGAACGACGUCGGGUGCAGCUAGCCAUGGGCUUGCUGCGGCCCUGGAGGGUUUUGCUCCUUGACGAGAUCACAGUGGACCUGGAUCUCCUCUCCCGAAGCAACUUCCUUGCUUUUCUUAAACGGGAGACGGAAAGCCGCCCCUGUACCAUCGUCUAUGCGACUCACAUCUUGGACAACCUUGCUCAGUGGCCAACUCACCUAGUGCACAUGCACCUCGGCCAGGUUAAGGCCUGGGGCCCCGUCGAAAAGUUCCAUGAUCAGGUCCCUGAGUGGACGUCUGAAAAUAGCCGUUUGGGAGAGUUGGUUCUCAAAUGGCUGAAAGAGGAUUUGAAGGCGCGUGGACCUCGCAAUGGCGGCACUAGCGAUGGUGAAUCAAACCAGGCAAAGACCUAUGGAUCUCUAGACGCGAUCGGUGGUUACGGUCUGGAGAAGCAUGACUGA